AUAAAUAGAAUGAAAGGCAACGAGGACACAAGACAAAGAAAGCUGUCAUCUGAAUUUCCCUUUCUUUGCUGUGAGAGAAAAGAGUGAGGAAAUAUGGCCUUUGUUGAGUUCGUCGUCGAGAACCUUCUCAAAAAUCUUGGUGACGCCCUCAUUAAAGAAGCCCGUUUCUUAAUCGGGGUUCGCGAUGAAGUCGAAUGGCUGGAGGCAGAAUUUAGGCGGAUGCGAUGCUUCUUGAAAGAUGCAGACACCAAACAAGAAGAAGGAGAUGAGAGAGUGAAGAACUGGGUGCAAGAAGUGAGAGAUGUUGCAUAUGAUGCUGAGGACGUCAUCGACACCUUUGUCUUCAAGAUAGCACGCUUGAGGCAAACAGGAUUUGUGGGUCGCAUUAAAAGGUACGCUUUCAUCUUCAGUGAGUGGAAUGCUCUCCAUAAGGUGGGCUCCGAGAUCAAACGGAUAAAGAAUAAAAUCCGUGAGAUCUCCGAAAGUAGGUUGGCUUAUGGAAUUGCAAAUAUAGGCCAGGAAGCAGGUACGAGCUCUGCCGGUCGAAGCCUCCAAGAAUGGAGGUUCACUUCUCCUAAUGUUCCAGAACCAGAUUUCGUUGGUUUUGAAAAUGACUUGGAGGAAUUGGUCGAGCGGUUGACAAAGGGAGAGCAGCGACGUUGUGUUGUUUCUGUAGUAGGAAUGGGUGGUCUCGGUAAGACCACUCUUACUAAGAAACUUUAUAACACUGGGAGUGUUAAGAAGCAUUUUGAUUCCCAUGCAUGGAUCUCUGUAUCACAAGAGUAUGCUGUGGCAGAUCUUUUGCAUAAAGUCGCAGAAUCCUGUAAUGUUAUGAUCCAGGGUGUGGAGAAAAUGAAGGUUGAUGAGUUAAGAGACAAUAUUUCCAAGUAUCUUAAUGACAAGAGAUACUUGGUUGUAUUGGAUGAUUUAUGGACCGACGAAGCAUGGGAUAAUCUCAAGCAUGCUUUCCCAGAAAAUAAUAAGGGAAGCAGGGUCGUGAUCACCACACGAAACAAAGACGUAGCAUUAUAUGCAGAUGUACAAAGCAAGCCUCAUGAACUGCGAUUUCUAAAUAAUGAAGAGAGCUGGGAUUUGUUCUGCAAGAAAGCAUUCCCAGGACUAGGUGGCAUUUGCCCUCCGGAAUUGGAGGAGUUAGGAAGACAGAUUGUGGAAAAAUGCAGUUGUCUCCCUCUUGCGAUCGUUGUUAUCGCAGGGCUCUUAUCAAGAAAAGAGCCAAGCGAGUGGGAGAAUGUACGAAAAAGCAUCACCUGGCAGUUUGUCCAGGGAGGAGAGAAAAUCUCCAGCAUAAUAUCUCUAAGCUAUAAAAAUCUUCCCUAUCACUUGAAACCAUGUUUUCUCUACCUGGGCAUUUUUCCAGAGGACUAUGAAUUCCGGGCUAAGAAACUGAUUCAAUUGUGGACCGCAGAAGGGUUACUGCAACAAAGAGGGGAUGAAACGCUAGAAGAAGUGGGAUUAGAUUGUCUAAAAGAGUUGAUUCAGCGAAAUAUGAUUCAAGUGGCUAACAAAAGUUCAAGUGAGGGUAUUAAAAGUUGCCGUAUUCAUGAUCUUUUGCGGGAUCUUUGCAUAUCAGAAGCAAAGAAAGAAAACUUUGUCCAAAUUCUUCAUGAGAAUGUGGAUGCUGAUCUAUCCACAUCCACAGCCCGUCGAUUUGCAAUUCACUAUAUUAGUGCCUCAAAUGAGUACCCUCCCUUAAAAUCUUCUACUCCUCACCUUCGAUCUGUGUUGAUCCACCCCAGAUAUGGUGAGUGGCUCGAUAGGAAACAAGGGAAGUUUCUUUAUGGAGGCAGUAAAUUGCUCAGGGUGCUAGAUCUAAACGGUUUAGUAAUAACAAAGCUACCGAGUGAGAUAGGUGCACUGAUCCACUUGAGAUACAUCGGCUGUACCAUCCAUUCUUUUAAUGGGUUCGCAUCAUCAAUGGGCAAUCUUCAAAAUUUACAAACAUUAAUUGUAACAACUUUUGAGAACGUCUUCAACAUACCCAGCGUAAUGUUGAAGAUGCAACAGUUGAGACAUUUCCAAGUGAAGAGCAGUUGGGGUUCGAUUAAAGGGCAUCCACGACUCGACCGGACUGGCAACCUCCAAACUCUAUCAGGCAUAAAUGCAGGUGAAUGGAUGCAUGGUUGCUUGAGAAAGUUCACCAAUCUUAGAAAACUAGGAAUACGUCUAGAUGAUGAAGGAGCAUAUGCUGAUGUAUUGUGUGAAUCCAUUCUCAAAUUGGAAUGCCUCCAGUCCUUGUUUGUGGAGGGAGUCCAAAUACCAUCGAAUUUGCGUUUCACACGUCUUCUCAAGUUAAGUAAACUGCAUUUGGUUGGAAAGUUAGAGAAGCUACCCGAGUCUACUGAAUUCCCAACAAACCUCACCAAGCUCACCUUGAAAGACACCCAUUUAAAUCAAGAUCCACUGGUGACGUUGGAGAAGCUGAAAAACCUUCGCAUUCUCAGAUUGCUCUUUGAUUCAUAUGAUGGAGCGGAAAUGGCUUGCUCUGCACAAGGGUUUCCUCGACUCGAAUUCUUACAUCUUGAAAGUUUAAAUCAAUUAGAGGAGUGGAGAGUAGAGAAAGAAUCUAUGCCAAAUCUUUUACAUUUACGGAUCGAAUGCUGCUCGGAAUUGAAGAAGCUUCCGGAAGGACUGCAACACGUGAGUACCCUCAAGAAAUUGGAGCUGUGGGGAAUGAAUCCAGAAUUAAAAGCAAGGCUCCAAGAAAACGAGGGAGAGGAUUGGCAUAAGAUUCGGCACAUACCAUCCAUCCACAUAAGCUAACGUGGUUAGCGAGGUAUUGGGAGCAGCACUGGCACUUCCUCUUCAAGCGAGAGCUAAAUUGGAGACGAGCUUUGACAGGGCAGAGGUGACUGGACGGGACGUUGAGAAUGGUCCUGAAUGAAAAAUUAUUUCCCUUUUACGGUUUCUUUGUUGGGUUCCUCAUGCAUAAAUGUUGGAGAUAUUUGUAUGAUGUUUUGAAACUAUACCAUGAUGAUGUGUGUGUGUGGAUGUGUGUGUUUUUUUUUUUGGUUUGGUUAUUAAUCUUCAAUACUUCAAUAUACUAAGUUGUUUGUGUAAUGCUUGAGAUGUAUUACUUUAUCUGGAUUUGAAUGUAAUAAGCUUAUUCAAAGUAGUAGUAGUUAUUUCAAGUGUCGGCUCAGGAGGAGAUCCACAAUGCUUUGCCAGAGAGUUUACAUGGGUGCAUGGUCAAAGCAGCUCAUCAGGUGCAGGCUACAAUCUAGCAUUCGCUGCGCAAAUUUUAGGACAUUGAUCAAUGGAUUAGGAUAUGUAGUAGACCCUCUCAAAUAUUAGUCUGGAUCUCCGAACUACAACCCCACUUGCACGGAAUGUUUGCAGAAGGGCGCUUCAAUCAAAUAGAUAGGAACUUAUAAUUCCUCCUAUUUUAAUCUCGUCUGGUUUUAAAGAGAUGCUAUGAUGACCCACACUUGCGAAGUGACAUGAGAGAUGUGGAGAAUAGUGGCACGGGAGUCCAUUUUCCUUUAACGGUUUCUUUUGCUACGAUCAUUUUGUCAUAAAAUGGUGGUAAGAUGUUUCGAUGAUAUAAUUUUCAAAUUGCAGUACGAGGACGUCUAUAGCUUUUGCUACCUGUCUUUCGACAUGCUAUGAUGUGCUAUUAUUCAUUAUUUUACCAACUUACACAAACAAUUUUUGUACCAUCUGAUUUAUUUUCCUGUGUGCAUGUAUGCAUGUUGCUUGUUGAAAGCUAAAACAAGAAGAAAUUUCUUUACAGAGUAGGCCUAGCAAGGCUUCCUCCAAUCUUUUCCUUUUUUGAGGUGUUGGACGUUGUAUGACCGAGAGUUUGGACAUUGUGCUCGGAUUUUCAAUCUACACAAUUAGUGCACAUGGUACAAAAAUAUGUGUGGAUGAUACGAUGUUCCUAGUGUUGAUGGCAAAUGCUCCACUCACACUGUGACCAUUCUUGUGGCCUUUUAUCCAGUGAAUGUGUAGACUGUUGGCAUUUGGCAUCAAUAAUUCGAUAUGAUAAGUUGUUGAUGUAAUGCUUGAGCUGUAUUACCUUGUCUAUGUUUGGAUGUAAUAUGAUUAUUCAAAGUAGAAGAAGUUAUUUUAGUGUGUAGGCUUUUGAGGAGGUCCACAAUGCUUCGCUGGGGAGUUCACAUGGGUGCAUGAUCAAAGCUGUCUACCAGAUGCAAGCCACAAUCUAGCUUCUACUGCACAUAAAAUUCAGGAUAUUGAUUGAGGGAUUAGGAGCUUCAAUCUGUAAGAAUUUUGGAGCAUCUUCCAUCCAAGGGAGGGCCUAUAAGACCAAUAGUUUGGAUCUUCCAACCGCGGUCCCAGCUGUACGGACUGUGGCACUUGGACACUUACACCCUCUUGUUUUAUUCUUAAUACUGUGAUUACACACACAUAUGAAGCCACUGGACGGAUAUAGAGAAUGGUAGCAUGGGAAUUGAUUACCUUUCGAUGGUUUCUUUCCUCACUUCCUUUUGUAAUGAAGGGUGGCUCAAGAAAAAUUGAAAGUCUGGUCACGUGGAUGUGGGAAGCAUUAAGGAUAAUUUUGUCCUCUCAGCGAUCAACCACAAAGCUUUCAAAGGCCUUUCCCUGGCCUCUCUGUGGCACAUGGAGUGAAAUUUCGUGGUCCAAGCCAAUGUCUCUUUGAGAUGAUCCUUGACGGCCUGAUAGAGAAGCUGGCCAGUGGGUCUUCAAAAUCUUCGGUGAUUGGUGCAUGCAGACUUGGAUGACAUUCCAAAUUGUAGCAUGAGGAUGUAUCUAUGUAUGUUUUCCUAACAAAAUUUUGAUUUGUUACCUUGUGGCAUUUUAGGACAUUCUACAUUCAGUAGUUUUCACUAGCAUUUUGGGUAAUGUUUGAUUUGUGAUAGUGUAUGCAUGUUUUCAUGUAAUACUCUUGAGAGUCGAAAUAGAAGCAAUCUUUCAGUUUUUUUUAGAGACCA